AUGCUCCGCCACGACCGGGAACGGCCGUUCCUUUCGAUCCGGAAACUCGUUCAACCGCUGUUUGGCAUUCGCACGUGGUGUGACUUCAUGCGAGGACGAGAACGUGUCAAGAACGUCUCCAACCAUUGCUUUUCUUCCAAAUCCUCGGUUGGUACAGUCCUUCUGACUAUCACGGCCAGUACACGCUUGGAUCAUCUGCGGUUUCCAGGACGUCACAUCGAGAUGGGUGAUCAACAGCAGAGCGCAUCAGCAGCUACAAUGUCCAGUAGACAGAUCGUCAGUAACUGCUUACGAUGA